UUUCAACUCUUGAAUGAUAAGUAAAUCCUAGUUAUCUCGUUGUUAAUUGGUUUUAUUUAUUUGUUUCUUAUUAAUAUUUUGUUUUUAUGCGAACUAGAUUAAGUAACCAUACAUAACCGACUUAAACUUGCUUGAUUGUUUUGUUUUAACCUAACCAAAGUUUUCUCUUCACAUGAAGAACACGUGAAAAAGUUAAUACAUACUUUUUCUUUUUAAAUAACAAUAGUCAAUAACGUAUAUCAAAAGGAAUUUGAAAUGGCAAAGGAACUACUUCUUUCAUCACAAGCUCAAAAUGCACAAUUAAUUUCAUGCUGUUUCUGGGAUUAUAAUAAUGGAAACAUUCUGCAGAUUUACAAGCAUGGUGGAAGUGUUAAAGAAAAAUCCUUAAACCUGAUAGGAGCCGACUAUGUUAUCACUGCAGAGGUAGCCAAACCUCUUCUACAUCUGUGGGCGCUGAACAGUCAAGAAACACUGAAGAACGUGCGUUUAGUGUUGCCAGAACCAGUCACUGUUUUACAGGUAUGUCCCAAAGGCAAUUUUAUAGCAGCUGGCAUAGGCACAAAACUCUAUGUUUGGGAAUUAUGCACAGGGAUGUUGCUCACAGUACAAUCUGUGCACUAUCAGCCUAUUACAUGCAUAAAAUUUUCAUCUGGUUCAGAGUGCUUACUUGUUGCUGGACAAGAUGGCAUGAUUGUUUGCUACCAGUUCAGUUUAUUAAUAAGCAACAGUGGAAACAAAGCACAGAGAGAUAUACAGCAACUGGAACCAGUUUAUAAAAGAAUGGAUCACCCAUUGGCAGUAACUGAUAUGCAUAUUGAAAAAUUUGGUUUCAAAUCCAGAUUUGCCUCUGUCUCAUUGGAUGUAUACACAAAUCCUUUGACUGCAUUAACAAUGGAUUGUUUUAACAUUUAUGUGGGGAUUUCUAAAGGUAGCAUUCAAAAAACUUCUUUAUCUUUAGCUUCAAAAACCACAGAACAUUAUGUAAAAGAAGAUCCAUUUGAGUUUAUUGGCCAUAAAGGAAAAAUUGUUGCUUUGGAUUUAAAUAUAUACAAUACAAGACUUGCAUCUGCCUCAGAAGAUUCUAGCAUUAUUUUGUGGGAUAUUAAGAGUUGCCAAAUUUUGAAGAGACUUGAAUUGAAGAGUAUUCCGUCCAAUAUUAAGUUUGUCUUGACCAGUGAUGCGUUCUUUGCGCAAAAUGUCUCUCCAAAGAAAAUCGUGAAUUCGAUUCAGCGGACAAUCGAAGACGACGCGACCAGCACACCAGUUACAUGGAUUCAACAUGAGUCUUCAAAUGUUAUGGAUGAGUUGGUGGAACAUCAUGAGAAGAAGGAGCAGGAAAUUGUUGAAUUAUUACAAGCACAAGUUGCCCAAUGGAAGAAAGUUAAUCUGGCUUUGAUUAAUAAUAAGUUUAUGCAGUGAAUACUUUUAAAUACUUAUUGGAGUAUUCAGAAUUUGGAUGCUUUGCUUUGAAUGAAAGAAGUUCUCAGUUUCACAAUUUAAUAACUGAAAAAAAAAAUUAAAUUAUUUUAUGAGCAAAGAGGUAAGUGCUAGUAUGUUAAAGAGUAUAACAAUAAUUUUGAAGACAUACUCACAUCAAUAUGUUUCUGAAUGUUAUUCAACAAUUUGGAAAUCCAUUCUGCUGGUAAAUUAUCGCUGCGGCACUCAUAUUGAGUCAUAAUGGCAAGGUGUGUAACUGUUAGAGUCAAGGAAGCUGCUCUUGCUUCCAGAAUUGAAGGAUUUAAAGGUGGCCGCAUACAACUUAUGAAUUGAUCAACUCGUAAAGUUAUUAACUUUGCAAUCUGAACCAUAAAAUCAAACAAUUAGUGCGUGUCUUGCAGUAUUUAAAUAAAUGAAAUAUAUUGAUUAUUACAUA